AUGUCUUGCCCAUCAGAUCCAUCCCUGAAGGAGCUGUUAUCUGCAACGUUGAGGCAGCACCAUGUUGGUGACCGUGGCGCUUUUGCUAGGUGCUCCGGUGACUAUGCUAUUGUUAUCAGCCACAACCCUGAUAACGACACCUCUAGGAUUAAGCUUCCAUCUGGGGCAAAGAAGAUUGUUCCAAGUGGUUGCAGGGGCCAUGAUUGGGCAAGUUCGAAUCCAGUUGAGCAUCCUCAUGGUGGUGGUAACCACCAGCAUAUUGGUCAUGCCAGUACUGUCAGGCGUGAUGCUCCUCUUGGACAGAAGGUUGGUCUCAUUGCUGCUAAGAGAACUGGUCGUGUAAGGGGACAAGCGGCGGCAACUGCUGCUAAGGCUGAUAAGACCACUUAA